GCACGUUUGAGGUUGUUUUCCAACGUUCGGUCCGGUUACAUGCAGCAGAGAUUGCUCUGGCGAGCCGUCCUACAUCCUGACAUUGGAGUGCUGUACUGAACACGGAUUGCCACAGUAUGGUGAUUACCGUCAACAUUAAUCAUGUUUACAAAUAUCCAGUCGAACUGGUCAUACAGGCACAUUUCUCGAAAUAUCCUUCAGAAAAGGAAAAGUUUGUGAAGAAAAUUGAAGUAUUAGAAUCAGCUUUCAACAAGGGCAUUUCUUUCCAUCGGCGACUGGCAAUUUGCGACAAUGUCAUCCCUUCCUUGCUGAGAAAGAUUCAGAUUUUGGACGAGAAGCAUAUUUUAUUAGAAGAAUGCUCCUGGAUUGAUGUUAAGAAGAGGAUGUUUACCACUAAAAGUCACAACGUGACCUGGUCCAAAUAUGCCAGCUUGUGGGAGAAGUCUGUGUUUACUCCCUGUGCAGAUAACCCAAAAUGGACACAGUUGGAGCAGCAUGGAGUGGUGGAUAUCAGUGGCUUAGGGAAGUUAGGCAGGGUUAUAGAAUUAUUUGCUGAGAAGUUUCUGAAAUCAGGAGUGAAGAGGGGAAUCACCACGAUGGAGGAGAUUUUACAGGAGCGGUGUCCUCAGGCCAGUAGUAGUGUCAAUUGUGAAGACUCUAACACACCAGUCCCUGAGACAGGCUAGCACAGUGUGUCCGUUUUGUUUGCAUUUGAAACACAU